AUGCAGAAUAUCAGAAAUAUUCAGAAUGCAGGGGUUAUAAUUGUGUAUGGAUCAGAGCAAAACCCAGGCGCAUCUUGUCUGGACAUCAGCAGUUGUCAUGACAACGAUGGUGAAUACUGGUUAGCUUCCGAACAGACAUCCUGGGUUACCAUGAAAGUAUUCUGUUACAUAAAGCAAGACCCAAGUACCAUUAAUCUAGCUCGAAACAAGCCUGCCAUUCAAACAAACACAGCAUAUGGAGCUGUUGCAAAAAGAGCUGUUGAUGGCAGGAGAAGUUCAAAUUGGAGACAAGGUUCAUGUACUCAUACAUAUGGAACAAACUCCCCAUGGUGGAGAGUGGAUCUACAACAUGUUUUUUUCAUUCGAAAACUGAUCAUCACCAAUCGUUCAGACUGUUGUUCUGGAAGACUUUCAAAUUUCCAGAUCAGGAUUGGUGCUACCCUUAAUAACGCAAAUGGUAAUUCCAAUCCUCUAUGUGGCGGAUAUUAUUCACUGAAGGCUGAAACCAAGAGUAUUGUGUGUCCCAAUCCAAUGAUUGGAAGAUAUGUGAAUAUUAUUAUUCCUGGACCAGGAAAGGUUCUAACAUUAUGUGAAGUAGAAGUCUACCUAUGAAGUUUCUUCAUGCAAUGUUCCUUCAAAUAUCACUGGCAUGCGAAACUAAAAUGAUAAAAUUC